CGAACCUGCGGUGUCCAAACAGAAUUAGAAGAACCUACCGCCAGCAUGCUGAAGGCUGUCCCUCGCUUGACAAGCGUACCACAUGUUGGUAGCAGAAUGUCGAAAACUUGUAAUUUGGCCGCUUUGGCCAAAUUCCACCGUGCCAGUGGGGCAGCCUGUCAAAAAGCAGCACACAAGUCACAUGACCUUCCUCCAAUGCCUCCAUGUGACUUCAAACCACUGAAGCAUCAAGGCAUGUCCAAGCAGCACAUGAUGGAGAUCCGCCAGCUCAACUGCCAGCCCAUGACCAUGAAGGUGACCUACUACAAGAGCCCGGUGUUCAUCCACCAGGGCCACAUGCAGUGGCUGUGGGACACAGACGGCAAGCGCUACCUGGACUUCUUUGCGGGAGUCGCCACAGUCAGCGUAGGACACUGCAAUCCGAAGGUGACGGCUGUCGCGGUGGCCCAGAUGAAGAGGUUAUGGCACACGACCUGCAUCUACGUCACCCCCCCUCUGCAGGAGUACUGUGAGAAACUGGCCUCUCUCCUCCCAGACCCCCUCAAGGUGGUCUACCUGACCAACAGCGGCUCCGAGGCUAACGACCUAGCUAUGCUAAUGGCCAGACUUCACACGGGCAACCAUGACAUGAUCUCCCUCAGAGGGUCAUACCACGGUGGUAGCCAACAAACCAUGGCGCUGACCUCCAACUCAGCAUUCAAGUACCCCGUCGCCAACGGAGGCUGCACCGCAACCAUGUGUCCUGAUGUGUUCAGAGGGCCCUGGGGAGGGAGUCACUGCCGGGACUCCCCGGUACAGACCAUCCGGACCUGCGAUUGCCCUCAAGGUCAAUGCAUGGCCAACGAUAAGUAUAUCGGGCAACUUGACGAGACAUUUGCCACCAGCCUUCCUUCUCGUGUGGCUGGGUUCUUUGCGGAGCCUAUUCAGGGCAUGGGUGCGGCGGUGCAAUACCCCAAAGACUACCUGAAGCAGGCCUACCAAAGGGUGCGGGAGAGAGGAGGCGUCUGCAUCGCUGAUGAGGUCCAGACUGGAUUUGGACGAACCGGGAGCCACUUCUGGGGUUUCCAAGGCCACGAGGUGAUGCCUGAUAUAGUGACCAUGGCAAAGGGCAUCGCUGGUGGCUUCCCUAUGGGGGCGCUUGUAACGACACCGGAAAUCGCUGCUGCCUUCAGCAAGGGAGCUCAUUUCAACACCUACGGAGGAAACCCCAUGGCCUGCUCCAUCGCCUCAUCCGUCUUGGACGUUAUAAAAGAGGACGGCACGCAGCAGAACAGCCUCGUCGUGGGCACCUAUCUCCUGACAGAGCUAGCCAAGCUCCGCGACAAGCACGAGAUCAUCGGCGACGUCCGCGGCAAGGGCCUGCAGAUCGGGGUGGAGAUGGUGGAGGACAAGGUAAGCAGAACCCCUCUGUCUCUCGCGGCCAUGAACAACAUCUUUGAGGACACCAAGGACAUGGGGGUGCUCAUAGGGAAGGGAGGCGUGUACGGACAGAGCUUCAGGGUCCAGCCUCCGAUGUGCGUCACUAAGGACGACGCGGAUUACUUCCUGGCGGUCUUCGACAGAUCCAUCCAGAACUACAUGGACAGACGAUAGCGACACCCACCUGUGGCCCGCCGUCUCCAAACAUACGCCUGCAAGAAUGAACCCCAACUCAACACCGACCAAUCGUUUUUUAUAGCCCCACCGUCGGGGGUCAAAGGUCAAAUACAUGUUGUCAGUGUCUGAAUGUUUUUUUUGUUUUUUUAGUCCAGCCUCUGUCGUGGCUGCUUGGAUGAAGGCUGUUGUCAACCUGCCACCUGGUCAUGUGAGAAGCAUUGGAUUUUAACACCAGAGAGAAGCCACCUGUCAAUCAGCUUAGCACCUACAAAUAACUCUAUUGAGAGAUAGAAAGAGAGAGAUGGAGAAUGAGACAUUUAGAGGAAGAAAGAUGGAUAGCUCUAUAGACUACGCGAGAUAGAGAUGAGAGUAAGACAGAUGAAGUGUGUGGAAAAGUGAUCAAUAUCUAUCUUGAUAGCAAUUAUUACGCUGUAUGAAGAAAGAAUCAUGUAAAGUAGCCGGUUUUUAAAAAUGACAAUUGGAAGCUGGCUGUAGGAACACAUUUUAUGAUUCACAAAUUGUACUUCUAUACUUUCAUUGUAUAUCUUUGGAUUUUAAUAUAGGCGUCUGGCACGGAUAAUAUGUUUAGAUUUGAUAUAACAAAUUAUUCUUUGGACCAACCACCCAUUUUUAAUCAUGUACAGCCCAGAUUUUAUUAGAAUGAGGUUUGAUUUGGGCAAAUUUGAGUCCAAUAUGUAUAUAACUCGCAUGUCACAUGCUGUGAAUGAUUAAAUAAUUUUAAAAAAAAGGCUGCUAUAUUGUUGACGGGAAAAGGAAAAUACCAAGCGGAAUCUAUGGACAGAAUCGUUUGUUCCUUCUGGAAGGUUCAACUGCAUUAAAGACUUUUACUUUCUGA